AUGCAACCAUUGCGACUAUUGUUCUACGUAAUGUCGGUAAAGCCUUACCUUUUAUGCAACUAUUUGUUUGGAUGUAGUUCUAGAUUAGUUAACCGUCGGGUUUUGAAUGUUUUUUUGCAAUGCUCUGAUUAA